AUGGACGAAGCGCAGGCCGUGGCCUUGUACGACGAGACGAAGGCUCGGGGGGCUGGCGCGGCCAGGUUUAAGCAUGGCCUGGGCUUCCAGGCGGGUUCAUCCGACGCUGGUGGAAGAUCGGGUCCGCGCCCCGUCUCCGCAGCCCCCCCUCAGUUUGUGCAACAGAGGCCCCCUGGUGGUGCAAUGCCGCGGCCACCCAUAGCCGGCCCCCGACCGCCUCCCGGGCCACCGCCUCCCGUCGUGCGCGGUGGACACGGCGGGCGGCCACCUCCAGGGGCCCCGCCUCCGGGCCGACCCCCACAGCAUAUGCUGCUGCGGCCACCCGGCGCACCCAUGCCACCGAUGCCUAUGCCACCAGCUGGAGGCCUUCUGCCUCCUCCCCCACAUGUGGCUGCCAGACCACCCUUUCCACCACCACCACCGAUGAUGCCCCCACGUCCACCACAUCCGCCUAUGCCGCCCUCGGGGGUGCCCUACCUUCCACCAAGGGGCCCCCUUGGUAGAUUCCCACCUCCUCAGCCCCCAGGAAUGCCUCCACCUCCACAACAUACCAGCUUUGGCCCCCCUCCUGGUGGUCAGCCUUAUGGAAUGCCACGACUGCCCAUACCAGGGCCUCCUGUGCCCCAACCAGGAUACCCUGGGCCGCCGUCAGAAACUGGGCCAACCAAAGAAGUGGAUCAACAGUCCGUCCAGGAUGCAGAAGAGCACCAACGGAAGGAGGGGGACAAGAAGCAGCAGGCUUUGGCUAACUUGCGAAAAGCGGAGGAAGAGCAAAGGCAGAAGGAGGAGGAACUCAGAAGGAAGCAGGAGCAGGAGUCUUGGACAGCUCAUAAGGCUGACGACACACAGGUGUAUUACUACAACACCAUGACCGGAGAGUCUUCCUGGGAACGGCCGCAGGGCUUUCGGGGUGAUGCUGAGAAGGUAGCAGAGAAGCCGAAGCCCGUUGCUUCAGAGAGAAUCGAAGGAACCGAUUGGACGGAGGUGAAGUGUGAAGACAAAAGGAAAUACUACUUCAACGUCGUAUCCCAGGAAACUGUGUGGACAGUUCCUCCAGAAGUGUCCCGCUCCCGGGCAGAGAGUGCCAGCUCCAGAUCACGGCUCCCAAUGGUGCAGGGAUCUGGACCACCAAGUGCUGCUCUCCCACGACCUCUUCCCAGUGCAGGUCCAAAAGGACGUGGCAGGACGUUUCCAAGCUCCUCCACGAUUGGUGCUGCAAAAAGGCCAUUCCUGCAGAGCAAAGCCCAAGGUCCCAGCGAGACAGCCGUGGAACAGUUCAAGAGCUUCCUGCAAGAAAAAGGGGUCACAGGCCCUGAUUGGAGGCCGAACAACUGCUGGUCAUCGUAUGUCUUACUUACAACAACCUGA